AUGGUGCUACUGGAGAGUGGGCAGUUCCUGACAGAGCUGACCAGGCUCUUCCAGAAGUGCCGGACAUCGGGCAGCGUGUACAUCACCUUGAAGAAGUAUGAUGGUCGCACUAAACCCAUCCCCAAGAAGGGUCCUGUGGAGGGCUCUGAGUCCACAGACAACAAGUGUCUGCUGAGAGCUACUGAUGGGAAAAAGAAGAUCAGUACUGUGGUGAGCUCCAAAGAAGUGAAUAAGUUUCAGAUGGCUUAUUCAAAACUGCUGAGAGCUAACAUGGAUGGUCUGAAGAAGAGGGACAAAAAGAACAAGAAUAAGAAGACCAAACCAGCACAGUGAA